AUUUAAUUGACAUAUUAUGCUAGUUAGGAUGAGCAAAUAAAUUCUAAAUACUCCAGUAAUUUAAUUGUGUACGGCAAGAGAAAGAAGGUAGUACUUGGAUAUGGUGUUGAUUCGAACAAUACAAACGAGCAACACUUUUAAAUGUAAUGCUGUUCUUCUUCCCGACGGUCGCUAACGGAAAAUCUUCAACGGAAGACGAGUGAAUAAUUAAUGGAAUUCAUUGACUUAUAUCUAUGCACUGACCACCCCUGACUUAACACGGAAUCAUUGAAUCAAUUUCUUACUGAUGACUUUGGAUUUUGUUCCUGUAUUUUUCAUAUGACACGUCUGGAUGUUCCGGGAUAACUGUGAUAAGAACUCGGACCAACUGUUGACAUCUUUCUAAUAUUUAAUGAUGUAGAACUUAUCCAGAGCACCAGGAAUCCAAGAAUAUUAGAACACCAAGAAUACACGAGAACACGAAUACAAGAACAUCAAUAAUACAAAAAUACAAGAACACCAAGAAUACAAUACUACAAGAAUUCAUGUUCUGUUUUGUCUACCUGUAUAACGUGUAGAUGAAUGAAAGAAAAGAUAACAUCUAAUGAAUAGAUAGAAAGAAAAAAUAAGUACUGAAUUCCAACCAAUGACCGAUGGAAAGAAAAUUCACUUCGCUGAAGGGGUUGUUGUUUACAGACACUAAUGAUGUUGUUUACAACAACAAAGUUCAAGGAUACACAUAUGUCAUGCACAAUUUAACAUUUACGUGAUGAUGGAAAAUAACACCAUCAUGGAAAGGGUAACAGGAAGAAGAAGAAGUAGUCAGAUAAAAUCAUGUGAUUCUUUGAAAUGCAAGCAGAACUUAAAAAAGAAUCGCUCUGAAAACAAUUCUUUCAAAUCAAUGGAUAUAAAAAGAACCAAACAAGGCUCGUCUAAUUCUUUCAAAUCACGUGAUUCACAGAAAAGUAAAGCCGAUUCCAUAAAAAGACGUGUUGAAAAAUUCAACGAUGAAAAAAAGAGAUAUGCAGGUGAAAAAGAUGAAGAAUAUGCCGGACGACGAAAAAGGAAAAAAGAUAGAAAAGAACGAAUUGCUCGAGACAGAAGAUUAAGACAAUAUAAAUGUUUAUACUGGCCGUCAGGGUUGAUAAUGCUUUGUGGUUGUGUGUUCAUUCUAGGUGCUACUAUUCAAAGUAUAAGUGAGGGUUCUUUAUUAUGGAAACAAAGACAAGUAUUCCGCAUAAUUGGACCUGGUUUUAUUGUUUUUGGUCUCGUAUUAUUUUUCAUUACUGUUGCUUUUGUCAAUAAUCAUACUACAAAAAUAACAAAACUUAAAGCAGAGGAAGAAAUAAUACGAAAGAAAGAGCGGAGAGAGCGGGUCUUAAAUAAAUACAAGAAACAAAAGGAAAUGAACUUCAGUAGAAAACCUUUAGCAAGAUCUAUUUCUGCAACAUCGUCUGCUACAUGUCAUACGCUUGACGAAUUUGAAUCUUCUGCUCAAUUCAUAACUGGAUCACUGUUAAACGGAUGCUUACAUCCUAAUUGGAAACCAGUUCCAAAUAAAGAUUCAGUGGAAGGCGAUACUUCAAAGACUCUUAAAAUCUGUUACCUCGAGUCUUCACCUGUGAACAAAAAACUUUUAACAAGAUCUAUCUCAGGACCACCAUCUACGACAUGCAAAACGACUGCUCAUUUAACAAAUGGUACAAAUUUGAAAAUGACAAAUGGAUCUUUACGGCCUUAUAAGAAACUGUUAAAUAAGAAAGACUCUUAUGAGUUCAGUGAAUCAUUGAAGUGUCUCGAAAACAAUAAUUCACCGUCAUCAUCAUUAGCAUAUAUGAAGUCACUUCCGUCCUCUAACAUUACAUCAUCUACAACUACAUGUCUACUUUCUAAAAUACCUUAUAUCGAUGAAACAGAAGAAUUAUUGAUGUAGAUAUGAGAAUAACUGUGAGCAAUCGUGAGAAAAACACAAAUGUGUAUAUAUAUAAAGUAAUCUAAAAGGUCACUGUGUUUACGUAUACUAAAUGUGUACUGUGUACACGGAGCAUAUAUUUAGGAUAAACAUUCAUCAAAACUACAUUCAACUAUAAAUUUGACUAGUAUAGACAGUAUACAUUUUAUAGGAUAAAAUAUCAAUUGCACCUGUGUUUGCUUCACUCGGGAAAGUUGAAAAAAAACUAGUUUAGUAUACAUAUUUGUGAGUCUAAGUAAUCAACUUUCAAGAUUCUAACUCUUGUGCACUAGUACUUAUACAGAACAUACAAAUAUAAAGUGCUAUAUACAUUGCUGUUGAAGGAGUCUAGGGGGUAUAUUUUUUGGUUGUGGGGAUACUGUUUUAUUGUCGUAUAUAUAUGCAUUAAGUCUGCUUUCAUUCAUAAUGUUAUGCAUGCAAUAUACACAUUUUUUU